GCAUGGCGGGUCUUGGUCUUGGCAUGGCGGGUCUUGGUCUUGGCAUGGCGGGUCUUGGUCUUGGUCUAGGUCUUGGCAUGGCGGGUCUUGGUCUUGGCAUGGCGGGUCUUGGUCUUGGUCUUGGCAUGGCGGGUCUUGGUCUUGGUCUUGGUCUUGGCAUGGCGGGUCUUGGUCUUGGUCUUGGCAUGGCGGGUCUUGGUCUUGGCGUGGAGGGUCUUGGUCUUGGACUUGUUGAGCUGGUACCGGAGCUUGGCGUCGUGGAGCUGGUACCGGAGCUUGGCGUCGUCGAGCUGGUACCGGAGCUUGGCGUCGUGGAGCUGGUACCGGAGCUUGGCGUCGUGGAGCUGGUACCGGAGCUUGGCGUCGUGGAGCUACUGGUGGAGGUGGAGGUGGUCUAGCUGGGGGUUGCGGCUUGGCAUGGUAAAAGACUGGUGGUGGCGGCCGUGAGGGAGGCUGUGGCUUGACAUGGUUAAGCUGAGUCACCCCACCAACACAGCUCCCGACCCCAGCCCCCCCCCUCAAGGGGCGGAUACCAGACGCGCUCCCUGCGGUCUGGAACUCUCUGUAGGGGUGGGCGGAGGAGGGCAGAAACUUCCCCAUUAAAUUGUCCAAAUUGUCUAUUCCCUACCCCCACUUUAGACUGGGUCUGAAAAAAUCUAAAUUUAGAGACAAUUUUCUCAAAAGGAUUUUUCUUUGAAACAAAGUCCAUAGUGGGCGGCUGACAGAGGGUGUAAAUAGACUCAAAAAAAAAAUCUUGGUUUCUGACGUCAUCACCAGUGGGCGGGAUGACGUCAUCAGCACGGGUCUCCUGCGGCGGGAAGGAAGAAUGGGCUGGUUGAGGAAUCUUGUUGUCCGUGGGAGGGUUUUGGGGGAACGACGCG